AUGAUAUUGCUCUGCGCCUUGUUGCAAUUGCCUACUUAUCCUGCUGCAAUGUUUCUUGGUGAUAGUGAUGGAGAGGGGAUGAGUCUUGUAAUGUACUUCAAAGUUUCUGAGAAUUUUGAUAAAGACGUCUCUCCUCAAUUCCAGGACAGCAUCAAGAAAAUGGUUGACGAUGAGACGGAAAAAGUUAAAGGAUUCGCAAAGGACUCCACUACUAAAAGAAACACACCCCUCACUGGUUCAUCAGGUGUACUCAAGUUGAGCAGCCCUGGAAUUCUUGUCCCUGUCGACCAUAAGAACACUACAGGUCUUCCAACACAUCAAAGUUUUGAUUACCCAGGUGAUACAUUAAUACCAGGUAUGAAGCUUGUUAGGAACAAAAUCACAGGUUUUAAUUGGCAUCUUACACCCUGGAAAAGCAUCCAGGAUCCUUCUCAAGGACAUUAUCCAUAUCAACUUGGUCCUUAUGGGCUUCUUAACCGCUCAACUCUUUUCAGGCUGGCAUUAACUCAAGAUGGAUUUGGGCUGAGCUACAUCGGGAGUGAUGGAAACCAAGGUUGGGUUAUUUAUCUAAUAGCAACGACUGAUAUCUGUGACAAAUAUGGAAUAUGUGGUCCGAAUGGUGCAUGUAGUAUUGACAAGUCCCCAAUGUGUGAGAAAGAGCCAACUGAAUUGCAGUGGAGACAUCUUUAA